AUGAAAAAGAAUAAUUAAGAAUUAUAGAAAACCUAAAAAGAUUAACAAUUUCAGCAAGAUUUAUUGGAUAGUACUUUUGAUUAAGUAAGAUUGAUAAUAAAUUAAAUAGAAUGAUUAAAUUAAAUAAAUAGACAGAAAAUAAAUUAUUAUAACCAGUAAUAGAAUGGGUAAAUAAAUCAUUUAAACAUAGAUAUUGUAUAAAAUAUAGAAGAUGAUUGA